CUUUAAGUUUGAUGCAUUUGCUUUUUUGGCAGCCACCAUGUUCUUGAUGAGGCUGAGAGGUCAUUGCAUGAUGCCCUGUGUGUUCUAUCACAGACUGUAAAUGACAGCAGAGUGUUGCUUGGAGGUGGGUGGCCCGAGAUGGUGAUGGCAAAGGAAGUGGAUGCAUUGGCUAAGAAAACUCCUGGGAAGAGGUCUCUUGCUAUUGAGGCAUUCUCCCGUGCACUCUUGGCUAUCCCAACAAUCAUAGCUGAUAAUGCUGGUUUGGACAGUGCUGAGUUGAUUUCUCAGCUCCGUGCAGAGCAUCAGAAGGAGGGCUGUACUGCUGGAAUUGAUGUUAUUUCUGGUUCUGUUGGAGACAUGGNUGAACGGGGUAUAUGCGAAGCAUUNAAAGUCAAACAAGCNGUNUUGCUAUCUUCAACAGAGGCAGCUGAGAUGAUCCUCAGAGUUGACGAGAUCAUCACGUGUGCUCCAAGGAGAAGAGAAGAUAGAAUGUAAAAUAUGAAGGUACCUUGGCAUUCUGGUUUACCAUUAGUGAGUGCUGUGAUUUUGAUAUGGUUGGGAUUUGGAUGUGUUUGUUUUUCAAGACAGUGCAUGGCAUUACAACUUCUAAAAUUACAUUAAAGAAAGGAUUUUAUUGCGUUCAAAGAUAAAUUUGAUAUUUCCAACCUCUUUAAA